CCUCUCACGAGGGGAAAUCCAGAGUCCUCUCCCGCUAAAACCAGUUGCCUCUCUCAGUUUCUCUACCUCGUCGGCAUCUUUUUCCUGAUGACCAUUUGGAGCCCAUGGCGACCGCGCUAAGGAUCGACGUCUCUCAAGACAAGAAAGUCAGUCUACACCUCAGCAUCAGCCACCAUUUCCAUCAUUCUUCUCUCACACUCCUUCCACUGACCCAAUUGCCAUGGAAGCACACCACUGCAACUCCCAAGCCCUGCAUACGGUGCAAGAAGAACGCCAAAGAAGCCAGGGAGAGAGCUAUGACGAGGGUGAAGACGGGGGUCGUCGACUACGACAGAGGCAAAUACAGAGUUACUACCCAAUUGAGCGGCUACGGCCGUCGGGACGUCCCCAAGCGAUACAGGGAGCGGUACGAUGGGGAGUACGACUGGAGCAUCACGGAGGUGGUCAGCAAGGUUCUGAAGCGGAAUCACUGGGAGGACAUUGAAGGGAUUCUGAACCAUUGGAUUGGGAGGUUCGCUCGCAAGAACUACCCACUUUUGAUUCGGGAAUUGUCUGUGACCGGUUCACUUGAACACUGUGUUCAUGUCUUCCGAUGGAUGAAGAACCAGAGGAACUAUUGCGCCAGGAAGGAGAUUUACAACACGAUGAUCAGGCUGCACGCUCGCCAUAACCAAACCGAUCAAGCCCGCGGACUCUUUUUCGAGAUGCAAAAGUGGAGUUGCAAGCCAGAUGCUGAAUCAUACAAUGCUUUGAUUAAUGCCCAUGGUAGAAAAGGUCAAUGGCGUUGGGCUAUGAACAUAAUGGACGAUAUGUUUCGUGCGGCUAUACCUCCUAGUCGAUCUACUUACAAUAAUCUAAUCAAUGCCUGUGGAUCCUCUGGGAACUGGCAAGAAGCUUUCAAGGUUUGCAAAAGAAUGACAGAUAACGGGGUUGGGCCUGAUUUAGUUACUCACAACAUCAUCUUAACUGCUCUGAAAAAUGGUGGCCAGUAUUCCAAAGCACUUUCAUAUUUUGCAUUAAUGAAGGGCACAAACAUAAGGCCAGAUACAGUCACCUAUAAUAUAAUCAUCCAUUGCCUCAUCAAACUGGGGCAGAAUGCAGAAGCAAUUGAUGUAUUCAAUUCAAUGAGGCUGAGAAAAGAAGAUUGUAGUCCUGAUAUUGUGACAUUUACCAGUAUAAUUCAUGCAUAUGCUUCUUGUGGUCAAAUUGAAAGCUGUAAGCAAACUUUUGAUAUGAUGAUUGCUGAAGGUAUGGAACCUAACACUGUUUCAUUUAAUACACUUAUUGGUGCAUAUGCUUCACUUGGGAUGGCUCAUGAAGCACAAAGAUAUUUCAACUUUCUUGAAAACAAUAGCAGUCAGAGGCCGGAUGUUGUUUCAUAUACUUCUUUGCUUAAUGCAUACGGAAAGUCUGGACAACCUGAGAAAGCUAGAGAAGUUUUUGAUAUCAUAAAGAAGAACUCUUUGAAACCAAACACAGUAAGUUACAAUGCACUAGUUGAUGCAUAUGGAUCUGCAGGUUUGAUAGAUGAGGCUCUCGAGGUGAUGAAUGAAAUGGUGAGAGAUGGCGUGGAACCAAACGUUGUUACAAUAUGUACACUUUUGGCUGCAUGUGGAAGGUCUGGUCAAAUGUUUCAAAUUGAUACUGUUCUCUUGGCUGCAAGUUCUAGAGGCAUUGCAUUGAACACCGCUGCUUAUAACUCAGCCAUUGGAAGCUUUAUGAAUUUGGGGGAAUAUGAUAGGGCUUUAAGGUUAUAUAGAUCCAUGGAGGAAAAGAAGGCUAAGCCCAAUUCUAUCACUUUCAAUAUAUUAAUUAGUGGAUGUUGCAGGAUGGGAAAGUAUUUGAAAGCUCUCAAAUUUUUUGCCCAGAUGAGAGAUUUGGAAAUUCUACCGUCUAAAGAAGUCUAUUCUUCAAUUAUACAUGUUUACUGCAAACAAGAUCAACUCACUGAGGCUGAGUCCAUAUUUGCCACAAUGAAAGCGUCUGAUUGUUUUCCAGAUGUAGUCACAUACACCACCCUUAUUCAUGCAUAUAGUGCUGCAGGAAACUGGGAGAAAGUAUGCAGUCUAUAUGAAGAGAUGGAAAUGAAUUCUAUCUUGCCAGAUUCUGUAGUCUGCUGCACCCUUAUGUCAGCUUUUAACAAGGAAGGACAUCCAGAGAAGGUUUUCCAAAUAGCAGAAGUGAUGAUGGAGAAAAAUUUGCCUCUCACCGAAUCCGCUUUUUAUGAAAUUGCAUCAGCCUGUAGCAUAUUGAGGGACUGGAAAGCAGUUUUGGACUUGAUGAAAAUGAUGGAAUCUUCAAUUCCAAGCUUUUCGCAGGGGUUUCUGAACCACCUAUUGCUCUUCUUGGGAAGGAGCGGGAGGAUAGAUGCAAUGAUGAAGUUACUCUACAAGGUAAUGGAAUCAAAUGUGGAGGUCUCAUUUCAGACUUAUUCCAUGGUACUAAAAGGUCUUCUAGGUGUUGGUAAAUGGAAGAAGUAUAUUGAGGUUCUGCAUUGGAUGGAAGAUGCCAAAUUAAAUCCAUCACUUGAGAUGUAUCAAGCAGUUCUUCCUUAUGCUUAUAAAAAUGAAAGCAUGGAAUGUGAUAUGCUCCAGCAGAGGAUUGAAAAUAUGAAAACAAAAAAAGCUGAGAAAAUUAGAUGAAAUGGUUAUCAACCAAAAAAUUAAUCCACUGCCAUAGGGACGUGCCUGUCUCUGCAGAAGAAAGGUUCAUAUGUGAUGCUGUUUCUGGUUGUUUAAAUCGGACUCCUAUUUUGGUACAAGAAGGGUUUUACUAGUGCAGUUCAUUAAGUUCCAUUCUGGUACAACAGGGCUUUACUAGUGCAGUUCAUUCACGGAACUUAUCAUGCCUUUGUGUGUGUGCCUGGAUGCAUAGGCUACCUCUGAGUACAUUCUGGCUCCACCAAACCUCCCAUGUGCAAGUCAUCUGAGAAGCAAGGAACUGUCGAGUGUUGAGAUUGAGGGAUUUUUUCAGGUUUCUUCUUUUGUUGCAUUAACCUGGGAGAAUCUGUGCUGCUCUGAAGCUUUGGAUUUUGAUAAAUAUUCAGAUUGGACAAUCUGUUUGACUCUCACUACUAGGUGCUUGUCUCCAGCUCUAACUCGUCUUUGUUUGCUACUUUUGCUGUUUAGUUUAAUUCUAAUUGCUGCUAGAAAAGUUGAUCUCUCGUUCAUAUUUAGCAUUUGCUGAUAGACAAAUUUUUCUGUGUUUGUUUCCUUCUUUCUGUAUCCAGUAUGUCAGCAUCUCCAUCUGUUGAUGCAGUUGACCUCAUAAUGCUUUAUGUUAUCAUGUAUUCCUUCAAAGUUUGCAGAAGCAUGUUAUUUUUGGUUAUUUUAGAAAUCUAACCAUGCAGUGUGUAGAUCUGUUUAGCAAGUUUGGUUUCUGUUCUCGUUCAUUCCUGAAUAUUCUCACCUUUUACCAUGCAAUUCAACAAGGAUAACAGCUUUGGAUGGUACGGGCAAGGUAUGAAUUUCUCACAACAUAUAGCAGAAGUGCCUUAUUACAAAAUAUACAGUUCUUUAUUUUGUAACAAUCAAUUGACUUCAAGGUCUCAAACUAUUUUAUGUGCAAUGAAACUGAAUUCCUAAGAAGGAUCAUCAUUAAUUUGCCAGUUCUUUUUUUCUUAAAUAUAUAUGUUUUCAAGUGUACCAAAGAAUCAUACCUGCCAGUAUCCAGUUUCCUUGAUUAAAAGCUAGUUUUUUCUUUCUCUCUUUCUUUCUUUCUUUUUUUUUUUUUUUUUUGUAACAGGCACGCUUCGGCAGAUAUUCAAUAGUUUAUGCUAAGAGACACACCCUGAUUAUCGAACUUGACUCUUUCAACUUGAACGCCUUAUUCAACCCCCUCACAAAGUCGGCAGAGCUCCUGUUAGCAUUCUUCAUAUUAGUUGGAAGUUCUUUGUUAUUUUUCUAGUGGCACCAAACUAUCAGCCACUCAAAUCCCACACCACUUGAUGAGCCUUCUCGAUGAAAGAAAAACCUUGGAUGUGCUCAUAACCACUGGAAUCUUCAUAAGAUAUCUCAUUCCCUCUUACUGCUUGUCCGCCACCUGCCAUGGCUGGAAGAUGGUGCAGCUUUUGAAGUCGGAUAGGCGCUUUACUGCUGCUGACUUCUCAGGUUCAGGUUUCCUUGAGCUCAAUUGAACAUUUUUGGGAAAACAAAGCUCAAAUCCUUCAAUUGUUGGAAGAGUAUAGCAACCCUACAGAUUUGCAAAGUAGGCAAUGUUCCACGUAAUUGAGACAUAAAAAGCAUGUGCUUGACACGGAAUUCUUGGUUUUUUUUUUUUUUCUUUUCUUUUCUUUUCCUGAGAAGUGAAAACAAAGUCCCAAAAUUUAGUGGUGGUGCUAAAAGAUUAAAGCCUCUUCUUUCGUACCCUCUUGACAUCCAUUGAUGCGUCUGCUGGCUUACUUAAGGCCUACUGCCCUUCUAGCAGCUGUUGUUAACUUCACCACAAAAUCCUCUGGGCCUUUUAAUUGGAGAUGAUAUCGUUUGUUCAAAGGACGUGGACAUCUAGACCGGUAUGCAAUUUUUGUUUAGGGGCCGUUUGACAAUAAGAAUAAUUUGUUAUUGUUUCAUAAAUUUGUUUUGGAAAAUUAGUUAGAACUCAUGAAACAUACUGUUCAAUGAAUUUACCUUAGUCAUGAACAGUUUGUUACUUUUCUCAUUGCUAAACGGCCUCGAGCUCUCAUGUUGACAAGACCCUUGUCCAAGGGUAUGGCUUCCACGUGCAUUUUCACCCACAACUCUGCAACACACCAUGAUGUGUCCUUGUACUCUGGUCCAAAUACACGUUGAUGGUAUUGGAUUUGAUGCGGGGGGCAGGUACCUGUCUUAACUUGUUAAAAAGUUUAUAAUAAGCAUAUGUAUUUACACAUGAGUGUCUUCUUUAAACUACUAAUUUACAUGUUUGUUCCUUUUCUCACUUAAAUUUUUGAGUGGGGUCUGUGCAAGAGAUCGAUGAUUGCAUAAACUAAAUGAGCGAUUGGCUGCCUAACAGGUUGUUGGCCCCACUAACUGCUCUGAGCCCCUUGCGGGACUCACUGUAGGAAUGUUAAUGUUUGUUGUGCGCCGGAUUCAAAUCAAUAGGAAAAAUUGUUUACAGAGGCAAUAGUAGUCAUUGUUGCAUUUUAGUGUACUCAUCUUCUUUAUUGUAACAGGUCUCGAAACUUUUGUGAACUUAAGGAAAAGGACAUGGGAAGAGGGAAGCAGCGGUUGUGAACUUAAGGGAAAGGACAUGGGAAGAGGGAAGCAGCGGUUGUGAACUUAAGGGAAAGGACAUGGGAAGAGGGAAGAAUUGGUUUUUCUUAGAAUGAAAAAAAAAAGUAAUCCAACGUGAGUUUGGUGAUGGAUUUUUUUGUAAGGAAUUCUUGAUUUUGAUGAACACUGAACCUACUCCAUGAAAAAGUUAAGAUUUUGGAGUUGGUUUUUGUUUCUUUCAA